AUGAACUGGCGUAUUGCUUAUAGCGAAACAUGUCUUAAGGCAAGCGCCAAAGAUGUAGAUUCUCAAAAAACAGAUGACGAACUACAUGAACUAUUCGUUUACGAAUUUAAACUCACACAUACUGAGAUCUACACUAUGGAAAUUCCUUUACCGAAAACAUGGAAAGAUAUGGUAAAAGCUCAUGAGACCGUGAUUGGCUUAUUGAACUAUGAG